GGCGGGUAACGGGGUUUGCCUGCCUCCCCCUCGGGGGACCCUCGGCCCCGCGGGGUGCUGCCGGCUGGGCGCCUCCCGCCUCGGGGCUCCGGCGGGUCUGGUGCCCGGCUCCGUCCUUGGCCUGCCGGCCGCCGCGGGGCAGCGGCGUCGCGCCCGUUGGUCCUCUCCCUCGGCCCCUGCUUCCCCUUCCAUUGCCCGUCUUCGUUCCCACCUUUGUGUCCCGAGCUGACGUAACCCGGGUCAGUUUUGCCGCUUCUUUUGCCAUUCAGGGCAGCAGCGAGAUGACUGCUGUGACCCAAAAGUCUGCUUUCUGUUUUUUUUUUAAUUACUAUUUUUUGGCCGCUGCUUGACAUGACUGAUGGCAGCAGCGUGAGCCAGCCCUCGGCAGAUUCACUUUCCGAAAUGGAAAGCUGUCUGGUUUAAAAACCUCUGACUCAUCAAGGGAACAAACAAUUCGAUCACGUGCGAGGGCUCAGAAACGCCCAAAUGCUGAAGGACCCGGGUGAGUCUGGGGAGGCCUCGGCGGGAGGCGCGACUGGGUCCUUCCAAACUGUCUCGUAGGUGAUGGCUGCCGCCGUGGGGUACGCGCGCCUCGAGGAGGAGCAGCUCCCCGGCCAAGGGGGCACUGCGACCUGGAAGCCCAGGAAAGAAUGUUUACCGAAGAAUAUUCCAAAUAUUGCUGAUAGCGAGGCUCAAGAAAGUGAAUUCUCUGAUAUAUCUCACUAUGAAAAAGAUGUUAGUGGAUCUUCAGUUGAAUCUGCUCACUUCUGCUCUGAUCUGGAAGACUGGGAUGGUGAAGCAUCCAGUGUGCCUGGGGCUGCAGUUUUUCCUGAGCUUCAAACUGCUGCUGAGUAUGAGGUGGAGGAUUGGGAUAAAGAGCUGGAAGAUUCUGAAUUUAAUCCUUAUGAUGCUGGCGAUCUCCACUGUGGAAGCUUUCAGGAAAAUAAUCUUUUGGCCUCAUAUUCAUGGCGAGAGGAUUCAGUGUACAACCCAGGGUGUCACCACGCAGCUUGUGUUGCUUUUACAUCGCCAAUUAGAAUGACUGAGACUGGCCAGUUUGAUGAUGCUGAAGAAUGAGGUUGCCCCUGGUCAGAACUAAAUUUGGCCUCUGAGUUGGACUGUGUUCUUCACUGAAUAAGUCAUGUCAAGCGCUUUGGCUUGCUUGCAGAAUUGUGUAUGAGGUCAGAAGUGCUGCACCAUCUCUGAAGUUUUUCUUAGGCUGUUCCUGAGGUGUAUGUAAGCUGGCCAUGCUUGACCUCUAGGAACCAGAGUGCAGGUGCUGGCUGUAAGGAGUCAUUCGUUUCUGGACUGCUCUUUGUGUUAUAUAGCUCUACAUUGUUGCUGAUGGACUGCUUGGGAGGAAGUAUUUGAUUUCUAAACAUCAGCUUGAUUGCCAAGUGUAGCCAGUUUUAUACAGGCUGACACACUGGGAUCAGCAUGUUAACUUGUAGUUUUCUUUCCUUUCCAUUUGAUGCUAUCAGAUUGGUUCAGAUAGCUUUAAAAACUCUUCUUCCUUUCAACUCCUGUAUUGUAAUGCUAUGUUGCAGUUUCUCACUCCCUAUCUAAUUCUGGUGUUUGACAAAAUUAGCCAUGACGCAUACAGAAUGAAUUGUUUUAUUUCUAUUUUUUUAUGCCUUUCAGUAUGAAUGAGUUCUAAGCAUUUGAUACACAUUUUGCUCUUACACUUGUGGACAUUAAUGAGGAUUGGAUAGUUGGGCCUGCUGUACCUAGUAAGAAUGCUGGGUGUUUAAGGCUCUGCCUUCCAGCAGAGCUUUCUGCACAUCAGACUUUCUUGUAUUUGGGUGUAUUGCCCUCCAGUCUUACAGUUGUCUUUAUGGCAUCCUCAUGUGAUGUCAGACAUGUAAUGAGGAAGAAAAUAUCAGUGCUUAUAUAGUGUCUUGCAGUAUAUGAUCUCAGCGUGUCCUGCAGAAAGUGUCAUGAACCUUAAUUCACUGCUGAUAUUUUUGUUGUGGUGGUGUUUGUGUUUUGAUAAGUGAGGAAAUGGCAACACAAAAUAUCUGCAAAAUGCCUCUUAAGGGAACAGCUGGAACUAGAACACUAUCCCCCUUGCCCUUGCUUUGGAGUUAAAGGAAAUGUUCUCAAAUGAAGUAUGUAAGUGGAUUGAGUGGCUGAUGGCUUAGGUAAUGUUUCAUUAAUAACUUUUCUUUCAAGAACUUUAAGAUGUUGUGUUUUGACACUGUUGAUACUGAAGCACAGUAGCCAUGUUUGUUUAUUCUCAGUCAAGGAGUUAACGUUUAGCAUUGGAAGAUUAUUUGUUUUUUAAUCAUUCAGUACAUGAGACUGAAAUAAUUUGAAAUAUUAGUUUGGAAGGAGGAAGUGAAUGACACAGUAAUAUUUCCUUAAUCUUUUCCUUGAGAGUAGAGGAGGACAAGAGCUUGGAAGAGUCUUUUCUGGUGCAUUGCAGCUUCUGGUUAAAUACUAGUCCCUAGCAAACAAUCCAAGUAAAGGCUGGAAGCCUAGAGGUGAGGUUGCAGCGAAGACAAUUUGUUCUUUUAUUCCUGUGUGAUGGAGUGCUCUAAGGAGUAAUAUUUCCAUCAGAAGUUACUUCAGCAUGCUUCCAGGACACAUGCAUAUACAGCAAAAGCACACUCUAACUUUGUUCUUAGCCUUGCACAGCAGGAAAGUACUAGCUGUGCUCUCUGGCCUAGGAGGUGGGUUUUGUUCUAUGCCUGACUGCUGCGUGUUAGAGACAGUUCACUGCUCCUUAUGAUGAGUGGAGGUCUGCAUUUUAGUUAGGAGCUGCAUUUGCCUCUGUGGAACAGAAGUAAGAAUUGACUGUGCCAGACUCUUCAGGUUUGGAUAUAUAGCAGCGUCUUUCUCUUUCUAGAAAACAGAAAUGAAACUCAGAGUGUAACUAGGACUGACCACCAACUGAUUAAAGUUGCUGCUCUGCAUUUAUAAAUGCACUAUAAAUAAAUAUAUAUUGAGUACAGAUUAGUUUUGAAGUAACAAUGUGUACCACUAGAUAAUAAAAGUUCCUCUGAAAAAGCAUUGUUUAUUUUCUAAGCCCAUUUAUUACUUUCAAGGAUGGCAGUGCUCAAUGCUACCCUGCAGAGGGCAGCAAAAAAUUGUCUACUCUGUAAGUGUGCUUUCAUUUGGCAAUAAACUUCACCAGAAAGUGUCAGAUCCCUGGGCUGGAUUUCUGACAUUACAAUAGCUAUUUAGAUCUGGGUUCUGCACAGCCCUGUUUUUCCCCAGUGAGCCUGAUUCAUGGCCCUGAUUAGUUUCUCCUUUUUUAUUUCACCCUCAAAUUGUACUUACUGGACUGAAAAAUUUCUCCCAUGGCUGAGAAAAGAACAUCAGUUGACUUUGGGCUUUAUAUAUCUAUAUAUAUCUAUAUCUCUCUCUAUAUAUAUAUUUUACUAUGCUUGAGGGAGACAUCCCAUAGGAUUUAAUAAAGAUGAAGCUAACAGAAUUCUGUAGAAGCAAAGCUUCCUUCUUGAGAAUUAUGACUUAAAAGGAUAACAAAAGAGUCCUUAAAAAUGAUUAGGUUGAUUUCUUCCUGUAUGGUUCCAGAAUUCCAUCAGUCCCACAGUCUCCAAGCCCUUUCUUAUGUGCUGCAUAAAUGGAAGGCUCAUCUCAAAUCAAAUUUGUUUUUUCAGCCUAUACUUCUAAUUGGAAUCAGCCUCGUCUAUCUGGACUGUUUUGUUAUUUGAGGAGAAAUGGUUGUGAAUGGCUGCCUUGCCAAGCUGUUUGUGUGUUAAAUGACUGUAAACUUAAAAGAUCUGCGAUUAGUUUUCAGUUUUCCUUUUAGGUUAAAACUGACCACAACCUCCCCGCAGCCGUGUGUGGGUGUGUUUUUUAAGAUGUGAGGCUUUCACAACCGAGAUGUGUUGCUCUCUUUAGGGAUAUGUUGGCAAAUGUAACUUUGUUCAUCUUGGCCCUGCUUGUUAGGGAAGGGGCUUAGUGUAAAGACUGAUCUGAAUACUAUCAAACUUCAGUGGGAUUAGAAAACCAGAUGCAACCUUCUCAGAAUGCUUCUCCCUGGACGGAUUUGAAACCAAGCUCAUGGUUUCUAAUAUUUCUGCACUACAGAGUGUUUCAAAUUCCAUUGGGAAUCUUGCACCGAGUCUGUUUUGUGUUGACACAAGCAUGUCAUUCUAGGCAAGAAUAUCUUGCAAUUAGAAACAACAUAAGGUAGCAUAUGAACCAACAAUUCAAGCAAAGAGAAUCAACUCUUCAUUCUGUUCAAAUGAAAGAAGGGAAGAGAGUCCCAGUGCAGGACGAAGACUGUAAAUAUUCUGUGCAUGCAAGAAACACAUUGGCAGUAUGUAAGUCGGUUUGAAAAUGUAUGAGAAGUGUUAAAGAUUUCUCAGUUGUUUGCAUACAUCUGUAAUGAGAUUCCCCCUUCUGUACCUUCAGUAUGAAAUGCCAUUCAAAAGGCAAAAGGCUCUACUGCAGGUUAAUGUUUGGGUUUACAUUGUGGGGGAGGCUUGGCUUAGAAUGGUGUAGUACAGUGACCCAGAAGAUGAGCAGAGCGCAAGUCAGAGUGUGCCCUUGCUUUCCUGUUAUCUUCUGUUUCAUUUCCCCUUUUUACAGAUGGAGAUAACGAUAAUAGCCUCUUUGUAAAGCACUUCAAAUUCUGUGGACGAGAAGCUUUGUUUAAACAGUGAGGUGUUAUUAUUAAAGAGUUUUACAUUUUCUUUGAACUGACCAGCAAAGAAACUAAAACUUGUUUUGGGUGCAUCUGUUGUUUCCUUUGA